AUGGCGCCCUACAUUGGAGGUAAUGCCAAUGCCUCGCAUGAAGCGGUCAAACACGACGACUGGCGCGACGAAUUCGCCACAAAAGGCUAUGUGGUACUCAAGAAUGUGGUGCCUCCUGACCGGGCGCUUUACUACCGCCAAAAGAUGCUGGAUUGGCUGGGUUCCUUUGCCAACGGCUUUGACAUUAACGAUCAAAUCUCCUGGACCGAAGAGAAUCUGCCAUGGAGCUUUAAGAAUGGCAUGUACCUCAACUUCUGUGCCGCGCAUGAGAAGUACGUGUGGGAAGCGAGGCAGGAGCCGGGGGUCUUGGAUGCCUUUUCUAAGAUCUGGGGUACUGAGGAGUUGAUCUCAUCAUACGAUACAAUCAACAUUACUCUCCCCAAUGCCGCAGAGAUGGGUGGCACAAAGCCGUGGCCACACGUUGAUCAGGCUCCCGAAAGGAACGGGAUGCACUGCGUGCAGGGCUUCAUUAAUCUGUCUGAGGCUGGUCCAAAGGACGGUGGCUUAGUGGUUAUGGAAGGGAGUGCACCAUUGUUUGAGAAGUUCUUCAAACAAUUUCCGCCCGACAGAACAAAGGGUCCGCUCGCCGCUCUCCAUUAUGACUUCUACCCCUUUCAGAAUGAAGAUCUCAAGUGGUAUGAAGACCAUGGGUGCAAGGUUGUCAAGGUCUGCGCUGAGCCUGGCGACCUGGUCUUGUGGGACUCUCGCCAGAUGCACUACGCCGUCUAUCCCGAGACCGACAUUAUCCGCACCGUCAUUUACACAUGCUUUACUCCCGCUGCGUGGAUUUCCACAGAGGAUCGGGAGAAAAAGAAGGAAAUCUUCCAUAAAUGGGAGGCGACUACCCAUUGGCCGCAUAUCAACAUACAUUCACAUGGGAAGCAUAUGAUUGACGGGAAACUAGAUCCGUUGGAGAGAACAGAACCAUUGGAGAAGCCUGAAUUGACCGAGAAGCUGAAGAGACUUGCUGGAUUGGAGCCGUAUUAG